GAGUAAUUUAGUAGUAAGUAAAAACUGAGCGUUGAGUGGCGUCCGGCAACAAAAGGCGUCCUAUAGUGCUCAACUUUGGUGCUAGCGUGUGAAAAGUGGACGAUACUUGCAUCGACUUCAGAAAAUUGUGCAGUGUAUUACCUAAAUCCAAAUAUACAAGCUUGAAGGUUUUUUGAGGAGAAAUAUUUACAUAGAGGCUACUAGAUUUUUGAAACGUGGACCACAUACUGUAGAUAUGUUUUUGGUUCUCCUGAUUUCGCUCGUAAAUUUUGUUGGAGAUAUAAUGGGACACCCCACUACGGUUACAGAUACGUCAUCAGAAAAUGAAGUGCACACAUACAACUUUCCUUUCGUCACCCGAUCGGAGUGGCAUGCGCGGAAGCCGAAGAUGACCUUACCUCUGCACACACCAGUGCCAUAUGUGGUCAUCCACCACUCCUAUACCCCACCAGCUUGCAGAAGCAUUGAAGAAUGUGAGAAUGCUAUGAGAGUCAUGCAGAGCAUGCAUAUGGACGGCAGGGGGUGGUGGGAUAUUGGAUACAAUUUUGCAGUAGGCAGCGAAGGCUCAGCGUACGAGGGCCGCGGCUGGAGCACACUGGGUGCGCACGCGCUACACUUUAACAGCGUUAGCAUCGGCAUCUGUCUUAUAGGGGACUGGCGAAAUGAACUUCCCCCAGAAGACCAACUCAAAACCGCCAAGGCUUUGAUCGCUGCAGGUGUCGACCUCGGCUACAUCAGCCCCACCUACAAACUGCUCGGCCACAGACAAGUGAGGGACACCGAGUGCCCAGGAGAUGCCCUGUAUAAAGAGAUCCAGGGCUGGGCACACUACUCCCCGUACCCUGGUUCAGCUACCGACCUGUUAAAUCUCCCUGAAAUUCCCGAGAAAGUUAAGGACGUUAUGAGAGGUAACUCUACGUAUGAUGAUUAGCCAUGAUGAAGGAGUAGAAAGAAUUGGUAUGAAACUUAUUGAAAGUUAUUGCUGAAACUAGAAGAUUUUUAGAAGUGGAAGUUACGGGUCGGUACUAUUGAUUAUUUAUCUAUUAUUUUAGAAUACAUUAUUAUUUAUGAACAAGUCUGCUAUAGAAAGUUAUCAGAGAAAGGACUCUACUCGUAGACUGUACCAAAAACCGGCAAGUGGGUAGCGCUCGUGACUCGUGUG